GUCUACUGCGGGAAGUGCUACAAACAGUCAACACUCUCCUAGGUACAGAUCUAGGAUCAGAUUCCUCUCCCCCAAUCCUAACCUUAACUAUUAGUGGAAAAAAAAUCAAAAACAAACCCAAGAUCAGCUUCUAGGGGCAACUUCACACUACUCCACCUGGCGCAAUGAUUGACAAGGCCAGGAGUUUUUCCUGUGAUCAGACCAGUGAAAAACUCCUGGCCAUAGUUUAAGGGGAAUGACUCCACACUUCUGGGGUUUUCAUAUGAAAACUGGGUCCAUGUGUUUUUGACAGUUUGAUUGGAUUCCACAUUUAACGCUACCCUCUUUGUGUAGUGGUUGUGUAUUUAGGUCAACUAGCUUGAUGCUUGGUCCAGAGUGGAUUGCUAAUGUAGAAGUUAUUACAGGUGAAAAUUCUAAACAUCCUUAUGAAUUUAUAUUGAUGCAGUGGUGAACCAAAGUACAGUAAUUAAGAAUUUAAAUGUCCCUUUGCCUCUCAGCAAAAUAUAUUUACUGUUUACUAUUUAUAAUAGAAAUACCACAAAUAGUGCAAUGCUUUAUUUAUUUUUAAAUCAUGAAAUAUUGUUUAAACCAAAUAUCAUGUUUAUAAUAGCUACAACAUUGUUGUGGUGGAGCACUCCUGUACAGUAGGUGGCGCAUAUGAUCACAUGAAAGUGAUGAUGAGGAACAGGAAAAAAAUAAUCUCAACAGCAAGCUAACGUUACAAACAAAGCUAGCUAGCUAUCGAUGUUCAUUUUCUGAUAUUAUUGCAUUUGUUUUAAUAGCUUACAAGAUAACUGUAUAUCGUCAUAAUAUAUAAAAGAUAAAGACUGUUUUCAUCUUGAAAAAAGGGCCAAAACGUCGGGGGACAAUGUCGGGUUCCGUGGUCGACUUCCAGGUGCAGAUAGCCUCAAUCAUGGAGGUGCUAGCCAACGCGGCUGUAACCGAAAUCUGCAAAGUUGUUGACGAUGGCUAUGCGGUUGUACACCUGAAGAUGUCCCAAAGCCACAAGGACAACGAAUUUCUCCGGAAGAAAGUGAAGUUGAUGGAACUUCAGAUCGCGAGGUUUCGAUCUGAGAGAACAAAAUUUUCAGAUGGGUCCGUCCACAAUCGCUUCCAUGGAAUACGCCUGCUAAACAGACAUAACAAUCGAGAGACUGCAACGACAGGACCUACUUGGCAAAGCAGAAACGGACUUUCCAACAGGAGUUUUGGGAACAGCAGCGUACUAAGAGACAGACAGCCCAUAGACGUGGACCAAGAGGAUGUCUCUCCAUCAAAGCAUAUGGAUACUACAAGUGAUGAGCAGUCAGCAGAGACAGAGGAAGGGGAACCAGACCUGCUCAUCAUCAAGGAUGAGGGGGAAGCAGAUGACCAGGACUCUAGGUCCAGCCACCCAGCCAGAACAGUGGAGGGCAGCAGAGAGCUAACCACCCAACCGGCUGCAGCCACCACAGAGGACCCCGCCUUCCAGUCUAGUGGCCCCAGAUGCAACAACAGCUACAACAACACUGCUAUGGAGGUCAGUGGAUCUGACGUCGUCUUCCUCCAGUCAGAAACAGAGAAUGUGAACCAGGGACCCCAGCAGCACACAGGAUUUGAACCCAGAGCAGAGAGACAGAGUCUGGACACAAAGUGUGACAUGAACGGGGACCUCAAUCUCCUAAGAGAUUCUUUAAACCAGGUGUGGAGAGAGGCAGUAGCGACUAAUGAUGAUACCUCUGCUGCUCACACUAAAGUUAUGGAUCUAGGGAGUGGCCCAGUGGGGCCAGAAACACAGAGUAGCUCGGCCAUGGAAAUGAGAAGUGUAGGGUUAGAAAACCACAGCUUUCCCCCCAAGUCGUUCCAUUCCUCAUCAGAACAUGUGAUAGUGAUUGACUCCGUAUCCAGUGGGCAGCAGGUAGAUAGAGGUUUCGAGUGGGGUCAGGUGGGUACAGCUACUACACAACAGGUCAAUGGGACUGGAAAUAAGCAGGGAGUGGGAGUGUUUAACAGAAAUGCACCAAUGAUUCACCCCGUACACCCCGAUUCAAUGAGAGACAACACAACGCUAUUGGUAGCACCCGGUUUCCACCCUACAGAGAAAAAUACAGGCAUGCAUUUUGACACAGGACAUGCAAGUGAGGCCAACAAAGAUAGUUGGUGUUCAUUGGCAAGCCUCCAUAGACCCUCUGAAAUACCAGGAAGAGGAGUUCAACAACCAGCUCAUACCUCACUUCCUGAUUGCCAUUUUAGACCAAGCGCCACAACUUCCUCUCACUCCAGUAAUUUCCCCACACACUUUAGACCUGGCACUGUAGAACGACCGUACGGUUGCCCGAACUGCCAUAAAAAGUUUCUCCACGAGAGCGACUUACGGCAUCACAUGAUCAUCCACACCAGGAAGCGAGCGUUCGCCUGCACGUUGUGUGAGAAGAGCUUUGUGUCCCCUAGCAAGCUCCAAGUGCACCAGAACGUCCACACUGGAGAGAAGCCCUUCAGUUGUGCACAGUGCGGACGCAGGUUCUCUCACUCCAGCAAUCUGAAUAGACAUCAGAAGCUUCAUCAUUGAGAAGUGACACAGAAUCAAGAGAUUCCUAUGGGAAAAAAGCUAUGGAUUAGAAUUAUGUCAGGUUUUUGCAAUACUCUAUGAAAGUCCUGCCUACUUCCUUGAUCAUGUACCUUGCAUUUUUUUUAAUGGGUUUUAAGAGUAAAUAAUCAAAUUCAUGAAAACGCUGUCAUUUGAUAUACAGUUGGGUCCAAAAGUAUUUGGACAGUGACACAUUUUGUUGUUGUUUUGGCUCUGUACUCCAGCACUUUGCUCAUAUUUAUUAUUUUUAUGCCGAAAACUCUCACUCAUCAUUAUUUACAAUAAAAGUGACUCCAAAAUGACACAAUACAUUAUGUACCAUUCACAGCUUCUACCCUCAAGCCAUUAGACUGCUAAACUGUUAAUCAAACGGCUACCCAGACAAUUUGCAUUGACACCCUUUUUUACACUGCUGCUACUUGCUGUUUAUCUAUGCAUAGUCACUUUACCCCUAACUACAUGUACAUAUUACCUUGACUAACCUGUACCCCCGCACAUUGACUCUGUGCCUGUACCCCCCUGUAUAUAGCAUCGUUAUUUUAUUGUGUUACUUUUUUUCUUUAAUUUAUUUAUUUUGUACAAAUAUUUUCUUACUUACUUUAAAAUAAAUUCUGCAUUGUUGGUUAA